AUGUGCGUCGAAAUCUGGACCAUCUCCCGGGAUCCCGACUGCCACCACAAGAUAUACCAGAACACGUUCCCCUGCCACGUCGCCCGACGAUGCGACGCCGGUGACGACAUGCUGCUCGAUAAGCCCAAGUUCCUGCCAGACCGGCCGACCAAGCUGCCGCCGGGGAUGCUGGGCUGCACGCGCCGCGUAGCGACGAGGCCGAGGGACACCAAGUGCCCGGAGUGCGCGGCGGAGGAGCGCAGGGCCAAGGCCGCGGGCGGCAGCACGGCGACGGCCUCGGCUAGCGUGGGCUCGCGCCACUCGUCGGCACAGCAAACCAAGAGCCCGUCGCCGUCGCCGUCGCCGUCGUCCAACGGCAAGGCGGCAGAGACGAUACGCCGCUCCCUGUACCUCCUCGACCAGCAACGAGCGCCAUCGCGGACCCUGAGCGCGUCUCCGGCGUCGGGCGCCUCGGAUAGCCCGGGCGAGGCGACGACUGCGAGUUCGUGA